UCCGUUGCCGGUCGGUUGGCCCAAGAAUGUUCCAGAAGGAAGAGCGGCGGUGGUGUCGGCGGCCGGAGCCGGCGAGACCUUGAGAGCCGCAGCCUGGCUGAAUAUAAUGAACUUAAUGUAUUCAUGUUUUGGAUUAUUUCAAGUUUACAAGGCAUCAGGAGGUAGCACUUUUGACCCUGGAUCAGAAGGUUGUGAAGCAUGGCAAACAAGAGACUGAAGAGGACUGGGAUGCCUUCAGAUUUAUGUGAACGAUUGAACAAGUACCAGAUUGUAAGCUGUCAGGAUUUUCUGUCGCUUUCUCCACUGGAAUUGAUGAGACUAACGGGUCAGAGCCUACAGAAGGUGUUCACGCUGGUUAAAACAGUCAGUGCAGCAUGUGCUCCUAAAAUGGUCACUGCCCUUGAUAUGAAGACUGCAAGGCGUUCUCAGCCCUCCAAGGCAUUCUUUCCCACCUCUCUCAGACUUGAUGAGCUGCUCCAUGGGGGUUUGGCCUGUGGAACUCUAACUGAGGUGACUGGUCCCUCAGGCUGUGGAAAGACACAGUUCUGUAUAAUGCUGAGUGUGUUGGCUACUCUACCCAUCGAUAUGGGAGGACUUAAUGGAGCAGUCAUUUACAUUGAUACUGAGUCAGCUUUCAGUGCCGAAAGGCUGGUGGAGAUAGCAAGAAACCGAUUUCCAGAGUAUUUCUCCUCUGAACAGAAUCUGAUAGAAAUGACACGCCGAAUUCACCUGUCUCGGGAACUCACUUGUCUGGAUGUACUUAAGAGAGUGGAAUCUUUGGAGGAUGAUAUCAUUAUGAAUGGUGUUCGACUUAUCAUAGUGGAUUCUGUUGCAUCAGUGGUUCGGAAGGAAUUUGAUACCAGACUUCAGGGAAACCUUUUGGAGAGAAGCAACCUGCUCUGCAGAGAAGCUGCAAUGCUGAAGUUCCUGGCGGAGGAGUUCUCCAUCCCAAUAAUUCUGACAAACCAGAUCACCACACGAUUGAGCCAGGACUACACUGGCCUUUCACAACUGAACACUGGAGCGGGGGUAGCACCGAUGACUGCAGACUCUGGCGUGAAUCUUGAUGAACAUUCUGGCUAUACAACAGCGGCUCUGGGGAAUACAUGGAGCCACAGUGUAAACACCAGGCUUAUCAUGCAGUACUUGGACUACCACCGCAGGCAGGUGAUUGUUGCCAAAUCUCCACUCGCCCCAUUUGCUGCAUUUGUCUUCACCAUUCAGAAAGCGGGGCUGGUUCUGCAAGGUCAAAGUGGUCAAUCAAAUCCAUCCAUAGAAGGAACAGAUCCUGGACUCCAACCAAUCCAAGUUAGGAGUUUGUUCAGUGCAGGGAGCAGCCAACUCCUGCCCAGCCUGCCAUUGGGAUCAAACAUCGCAGAUGUCAGCACAGGAAGACCAACCUUUGACCUUUCCAAGUCGAGCAACUGUUUUGAGUCCUUGGCCCCUGUGAUAGGCAUGUGAAGCAACUACCAGCACAUGUGGUAAAACGAAGAAAGAUUUGAAGAAAGGAAAGACAUGAUCUUGGAAAUGAAAAGGAUCCUGGAAGUUUAGAUGAUGAGAUUGAUGUGGUGGUGAAAUCUUUAUUGAAUUUGAAUGAGUGGUUUACUUCUUGGAAUUGUUAUUAUUUAAUGUUCACUCCUCCCAGUGCCAAGCAAUACUAUCUAUUGUGAGUCUGAAAACCAGCAAUGAGUGUGUAUGGUUUUGUGGCCAAAUUAGAAAUGCCUUCUGAUCACACAUUCCACAGUGAAAGAUUAUCUCUCAGCAGCAGUAGGAAGUUCAAGAAAUGCUUAUCUUGUGAAUAAGAUCACAAUGAUUCACCCACAAGCUGAUAGAUCAUAUAUGAUUCGAUAUCAACAUUUAAGAGAGAAGUAGAUAAUUAUUUGGGGAGGAUUAUUUGGGCAGGGCUAUAGGUAGAGAGCGGGGGAGUGGGAUUGAAUUGGAUAGCUCUUUUCAAAGAGCCAGCAC